AUGAAUACCGACUCUCCGAUGGACACGAAUUUCUAUGACGCGCCAUCAUCUAUGGUGCCUGUGUCAGUGGAAGAUAAUGGGCCCUCCGAAUCUGAACCUGGAUUAUCUGAGCUUUUGCACGAAAUUGGUGACUGGACGUUCGGAUUUGACGAGGGACCUUUGGACUUGUUUGCAGAACUCAAGGCAAUUAUUACUUCGGGUGAAGUACCGUUCUCAAUGCCACUUGCCCCAAUCAACAACGAGCAAGAACUUUCUGAUGACAGCGCUGAUUUCGGGAUAGAGCUUCCUGAUGAUAUCUACGAAAGAACGAACAUCAAGGACACUGUCCCACUGGAUAGUCCAACAUAUCCUUGGCCGUCAAAAGCGCAUUUCGUGACCUCACUCCUUUUCAGCUCUCCGCGUCUCCCAUUUUCUGAUGCCCAGAAGAGGGCCAUUCUCAGUUGGGCGCAAGAGCUUGGCGCUCGAGAUGUCCCUUCACUUGGCGCCAUCAAAAAAUCCCAUAUGUAUCUGGAUAACAUUGUUGGCGGUUUAACGGAGAAGGUGACAGCUCGCUCUGGGAGUGUAUUCUAUAUUAAUGAUGUUGCGAAAUCAAUUGCGAAGGACUAUGCAAAUCCCCUCACUCGUUUUGCGAUGGAAGAUUAUCCGGAAGAUGGCAGGGAGGGGAUGUCGCAAGUGUUCAACGGCAAGAAGAUGUUGCUUGACCUGCCCUCACCACCCGCGGCUCGUGUGGACGGAAUGAUCUAUUUCACAGGUGAACUAUUACAGGAUGAUUCUGGAGGGUAUUUUAUACCAGAGCGCUUUUUUCAUGCCUCGCUACCUGUAGAUUUGAGUGACAAUGUCUCUGACCCAUGCGAGCAGUCAGAUGGCAAGGCCUUAUAUGCGCUUGGUCGGGUGGUUGAACGAACGGAGGCUGGAUUCAUCGUUAACGAGCAACGCGAGAUCAUCUCAACGUCCAUGUUUGUGCGAUCGUUUGAAGAGAUUGCUGCAACUCCAGGCGAGCUCGACUGUGGCCUUACACCUUCGUCAGGAAAAUAUGCAUCACUAUCUCCGAAUCCACUGCGUGCUAAGUCUAAUGGCCGGAUGGUUCAUAUGGUUCCUCUCAUCAUUUUUAUGGACGAUGUUUCUGGCAAUGUCUCCAAACAAUGGAACAAGCACCACGCAAUCUAUAUGUCAAAUGCCAACCUACCGCGCAAGAUGCUCGAAAAAGAAUUUUUCGUACGAUUUGUCACAUCGUCACCGCACGCUGCUCCCAUGGAGCUUAUGAGGGCCAUGAAAGAGUCUAUAUGUAACGCUGCCGAAUCAGGUAUAAUUGCCUGGGAUUGCAAGUAUAACGAAGAGGUUUUGUUGAUUCCAUACGCGCUCUUCCUCGCUGGAGACAACCCCAUGCAAGCAGAAGAAUGUAGCCACGCCGGCUUAAACUGCAAUUACUAUUGCAGGACUUGCGAUACUGGUGGGACGAAAGAAUAUAAGGUGUCUGGUGACGGGUACAGCAGUCUUUUCACGUCAGGCAACCUACGAACACCUGAAAAUACAAUGGCAGAAGUCCGAAAACAGUUUGAGAUCGCGUUGAAGUCAGGAGCGUCGGAGAAGAUCAAGAAUUCGGUAUCAUCGACUGGUAUUCGUGAUUCCACUUCUAGUUCGAUCCUCAAUGCGUUAGUAGAGCUCGAAAGCGUGCCGCUGAAAGAGUUCGUAGAACUUUUGCAAGGUCACAAGCUCGAUGACGCUAUUAACCCAUUGUUGGGAAUGGAAGGCCUCGAUAUACACAUGGACACUCCAACGGAAAUUCUGCACACAAUACUGCUCGGUAUCGUCAAGUAUUUUUGGGGGCAAACCGUGUUUUUGCUCAACAAGGCAAAGCUCAUGGGCAUCUUUCAGGUCCGUCUUGAGUCUGUUGAUAAGGACGGACUCAACGCUCCAUGCUUGAAUGCAGACUACGUCUGUCAUUACAAAGGCAGUCUCAUAGGGAAACAUUUCAAAAGCUUGGCGCAAGUGAUGCCGUUUUUGAUUUAUGAUCUCGUCCCUUCAAUUGUUCUCAAUGCAUGGACCGUGAUAGGAGAGCUCGUCGUACUCGUCUGGCACACGAAGAUUGUGGAUACGGAAGCUUAUCUUGCAAAGCUGUCUCGAACAAUUCAAGAUUUUCUUAAUGUUACAGCACAGUGCGCGCCUAGCAUCAUUAUAAGCAAGCCCAAAUUUCAUUUCUUAGUUCAUCUCCCGGCGUAUAUUCGACGUUUCGGACCAGCAUCCUUCAACCAUGUAUUUCGUUUGUCGUGUGUAUACAGUAAUCGCCAAGCACCAAGCCGCGACUCCUGCCGAACAUUCGCUCAUCAAGAUAUCGUCAAGCACAUUGUCACGGGUGGGUAUUGGUACGAUAACAAAGCCUCAAAAUGGGUCCGGGGAGGAGCGCAAGUUCUAGGAUUAUCGGUCUUCAAUCGUAAUACUCCAGUACCUGGUUCUGGGAAAGUUCAGACUUCUCUUGGUGCCAACGGAAAAACGGCAAGAAAUGAUAUAGUAGCCUGGAAAGAAACUCAUUGCUCGAAGAUCCUGAAAACUGCCCAGCCUGACAUCGCUUACUAUCAAGGCAAAUCAGUCGUAGCGAGGGAAGGGGAUAUCGCAUAUCUGAAUAGUCAUGUUAUUUUCCACCGAAUGACUGAUGGUCAGACAUGCAUCGGACGUGUUCGCGAGAUCCUUGUAUCAUCCGAGAAUCCGAACACCGUUGUUCAUGUUGGACCCCAGCUCUUUUCAUUCGCAAACACUUUACACGCUUCUGUCCAUCUACCCUGUCUGAACCUGAUUGAUGACGAGGUUGUCACACCGGCAGUGGAUAUCAUAUGCGUCAUUAAUCUCCAGCACAACUGUGUUGAUUCACAGUGUACAGACACCAUCGAGGAACCUGUGCGCCAAGAACGGCUCGAAACUUCUCGUACAAAACCUAUCAUUCAGCACAAGUCAACACCACACUACUUCAUCAAUGCCUACUCUAUUCAUAACUACGAUCAUAUCAAUUCUGUAAUUCCUGAGACGCUUCGUGAAUCACCGCUGAGGGUUACGAAUGUCGCAGAGGUUCGGGAAAUGGCCGUACGACAAAUGAAGCAGAAGAAGACUUUGAAGAAAUCUGAUGACAUACCUCAACUAGAUGCUAAUAUGGAACAUGAUACCCAGAUCCCUCUGGUGGCAGUUCCCUCCUUCGAUCGGGCCCCUCCCAAGUCAAGGACUGCUGCAAAAUCAAAGGCAAAGGCAACCACUUCCGGCACGCGAAGGAAGGCAGCAACAUUGAAGACUGGUCAAGCAACUGCUGGACCCUCUAGCCAGCUUCCGCCUGCUCAGCAAGACUCAACGAUUCAUAUCGGAGAUCACCAAAAUCAAGCCUACUUUGCGCCGCCACCAGGAUUCCCUCCUCCCCAGUACUACUACCCUCCUCACCAUUCACAACUUCCUCCACCACAGCUAUAUGGUCCGCCGCCACCAGCUCUGUAUCUUUACUCCGGAGGUUCACAACAAUGUCAUGAGGUUUUAGAAAGGUCAUAUACCGGUGAGUUCUUCACCGUUAUUAUAGCAUAA